AUGGAAGGAACAGAAACCAAGGAUUUUGGAGCAACUGAAUUUCGAGAGGAUAUCAAUAAAUCUACAGCAAAUAACAAUCAAUCUCAAUUGGAAUCACCAACGAAGAAACGCAAAAUCAUAGCAGAAAUGGCAGUUCCAGAGCAAUUCGAGGGUUUCAUGAUCCAUGAUACCAAGAACUGGAACAAGUUCACCAAGGAGAAGUUCACACCCAAGGUCUUCGAGGAAUACGAUGUCGAUAUCGAGAACGAAUGUUGUGGUGUAUGCGGCUCAGACGUCCACACCAUCACUGGAGGAUGGGGCGAGCUUGCCACAGCACCUAUUUGCGUCGGCCACGAAAUCAUCGGAAAGGUUCUGAGAGUUGGAUCACAAGUAAAGGAGUUCAAAGCUGGAGAUCGAGUUGGGGUUGGUGCACAGGUUCAAUCGUGCAUGAAGUGCCCGCAAUGCAAAUCCAACAACGAGAAUUACUGCCCGAAUAUGGUUGAUACUUAUGGCGCUCCAUACAAUAUCGGAGGAGGAAAUCCAAAUAAAGAUGCUGGUGGACCAAUGAAGGAUAAGGACGGGAAGCAAAUAUUCGCACAGGGAGGAUAUUCAUCCCACAGCCGAGUUCACGAACAAUUCGUUUUCAAGAUCCCGGAUAACAUCCCUUCCCACGAGGCUGGUCCUAUGAUGUGCGCUGGUCUCACAGUCUACUCCCCCCUCAAGCGCGCCAACACCGGUCCCGGAAAGAAAGUCGCUAUUCUGGGUAUCGGCGGACUAGGCCAUUUUGCUAUCAUAUGGGCCCGCGCAAUGGGCGCAGAAGUCUGGGCCCUCUCCCACACCCCCUCCAAAGAAGCCGAAGCAACCAAGCUCGGCGCCCACCACUUCGUCUCCACCCAGUCCCAAGACUGGUUCAAGCCCCUCGCCUACACAUUCGACUUCAUCCUCAACGCCGCAGACAUGACGCACGAGUUCAACCUGCAAGACUACAUGUCCACGCUCGCGAUCAACGGCGAGUUCCACAACGUCGGGCUGCCCGAUAAGCCGCUCCCGCAGAUGAUGGCGCAGGACUUCGCGGGUAACGGGUGUAAGAUUGCGGGCAGCCAUAUUGGGAGUAAGCAGGAGGCGGUGGAGAUGCUGAGGUUGGCGAGUGAGAGGGAGCUGCAUCCGAUGAUUGAGACGAUUGAUAUUUCUGAGGAGGGGUGUAGGAGGGCGGUGGAGAAGGUUAAGGGGAAUGAGGUUAGGUAUAGGGUUACGUUGACGGGGUUUCAUGAGGUUUUUGGGACGGGGAAGAAGUAG